AUGGCAAUACUACGUGGACAUGUACUAGGAGUGUUACUGCUCUUAUACAUCUGCUACUUACACUUCACUGGGUUAUUCUUAUUUACUCGAGGAUUUCUACUAUCUCGUCUGGCACUGUCGAACACUGCACCUUCACUCGCUACCACCACUCUCACACCGACGCACAACCGAGCGCUGGUCAUCAUCAUCGAUGCACUGAGAUAUGACUUUGUCACACCUUACCCACCUUCACCUCAUUCAGGGUAUCAUCAUUCUAUCCUUACUGUGCCCUCAGAGAUCACAGCUGAAUACCCUCAGAACUCAUUCCUAUUUCACUCAUACUCAGACCCACCUACUACCACACUCCAGAGGCUAAAGGCGAUCACAACAGGCUCACUCCCAACAUUCAUUGACCAAGGGAACAACUUUCACUCUUCAAGCAUAGAAGAAGACAGCAUAAUACAUCAAAUUGCGUCUUCUCCUCGUUUCCCAAAUCGCGCAUUUAUGGGGGACGACACAUGGCUAUCCAUCUACCCGUCUUCCUUCUCGCCCAACCUCACGCACCCGUUCGAUAGCUUCAACGUCGAGGACCUGCAUUCAGUCGACGAGGGUGUCACACGUUCCCUCCUACCCCUCCUGCGUAACCAAUUCCCCCCCGGAAGCAAAGCAGAAGACCAGCCAUUCCAGUUCCUCGUCGCCCAUUUCCUGGGGGUUGACCAUGUCGGCCACAGGCUCGGUCCAGACCACCCAGCCAUGGCGACCAAGCUGCGCCAGAUGGACAACCUAUUACGGGAAGUUGUCGAUCUCUUACAAGAUGACACGCUCCUCGUCGUCCUUGGCGAUCACGGUAUGGACCCAAAAGGCGACCAUGGCGGAGACUCGGUACUCGAAGUCUCGACCAUGACGUGGUUGUACUCCCCCGGCGCAGCCCUGCACACCCUUCCCUCACCCCUCCCCAGCGAACUCACACCAUACACCACCUACCCUGGAUCCCCAGCCCCAGCCCGCUCAGUCCAGCAAAUCGACCUCCUGCCCUCCCUCUCCCUCCUCCUCGGCCUCCCGAUCCCGUUCAACAACCUGGGCUGCGUGAUCCCCGAGCUCUUCUGGCGCCCUGGAGCGCUGGAAAGCGCGUUACGGCUUAACGCCGCCCAGAUUUGGGAGUACUUCUUGGCUUAUAGAGCUAGUGGGGCCGGUGGGGAGCUGGACGAGGCUUGGGACGGCUUGGAAAGGGAAUGGGUGACAGCGAAGAGUGUUGGCCGGGCGAACGCUGGAACAGGCGCAGGCGACCCAGCCCGUAUCCUAGCGCAACACGCAUUCGUCCGCUCUGCACUCGAAACAUGCCGUUCUCUUUGGGCACAGUUUGACGUGCUCAUGAUUGGCCUUGGCCUGGGCGUCCUCGCGCUUUCUGUCGGCGUGCUGGGCGCGCUGUACAGGACACUGACGCAUCGGCUCGCCUGGGAUGAGCUGGUGAGGCGCGCGCUGAGCUGGGCGGGCGUAGGUGCUACUGGGGGUGCUCUGGCUGGGUGGGCAGUCAAGCGGUUCGUGAGUGUACAGAUGGUUGAAAAGGUCCUCCUCUCGGAUUGGAUGCUCUUCGGGACUUCUUUCGGUAGUGCGGUCUUGCUCCUCCUCAGCCUGCUCCUCCCGUACACCCCGCUACUGCUGCCGAAACUAUCCUUCCCCGCCCUCCUCGCAUUCGGCAUCAUCACCCUCCACGCCGUCUCCUUCUCCUCCAACUCCUUCAUCCUAUGGGAAGACCACGUUGUGCCCUUCUUCCUCCUCACUCUGCUGCUCCCCACCCUCCUGUCCGCUCCUUCCGCCCCGACGAGGACGCUGCAAUACCGCCUGCUCGGGUUCUCCCUCCUGCUCGCAGGCUGCAUACGGCUAAUGAGCAUCUCCACCGUCUGCAGAGAAGAACAGCAUCCCAACUGUCACGUCACCUUCUAUGCAUCCUCCACCACACCCGUCUCCCCAAGCGUGAUCCUUCUUCUCUCCCUGCCGGCAGCCUUCCUCCUCCCCCGGGCCAUCCUCUUCCUCCUCUCCCAGUCCAAAUCCGACCGCGGCCCAGCCCCCCUCUUCCUAUCCUACUACCUCCGUCCCGCACUCCUAGCCUCAGCCCUGUACUGGCUCAUAGAACACCUCGAGUCCUGGCGCGGGCUCAACCCCGAUCGCGUCCCCGCCCUGAAAGCGUUCAGGAUGCUCUUCGCCCGCAUCAGCCUCAGUGCAACUCUUUUCGCCGGGUAUGCAGGGUGGGCCGUCGCACCCCCUUGUGUGGAACUGCAGCUCUUUGAGCCUCCUCCCUCCUCCCCACGACAAGGGAAGCAGCUCAUAGUGCUGGGCUACUCGAACGCCUAUGGUGCACUCUACCUCCUGUUCCUCCUCGUCUUCUUCGCACUCCUGUUCGCUGCCACCCAGCUAACGGGGCAAGUAGUACUCGUCCUAUGGCUCCUCGCCCUCCUCUCCCUGCUGGAGCAGACCGACGCGGGGCGAGACGCUGCCCGCCUAUCCUCCCUCUCCCCAGCAACAGGGCCGAAAAUAACAGAAAUCGCCACCCUCGCCCUCCUCGGUCAGCUCCUAUUCUUCACCACAGGCCAUCAGGCAGUCAUGUCCACCAUCCAGUGGAAAUCUGCGUUCAUAGGCUUCCCAGCUGUUACAUACCCCUUUUCCCCGCUUCUUGUUGGGCUGAACUUUGCGGGACCGGUAUUCCUGUCUGCGCUGGCGGUGCCGUUGUUGGCCAUGUGGCAGGUCUCUCCUGUUAUUACGACAUCCCAGCCGGAGAAGGUCAAAAACACCAGCGCUGACACUAACGCAAACACGAGCGCAGGAAAAGUCCACGUCCUACCCGACACGCUCAAAUCCUGUAUCGGGUUCUCCCUCACCAAUUCCCUUCUCGCCUUGAGCAGCGCCGCCUCCGCAGCCUGGCUUCGCCGGCACUUGAUGGUAUGGAAGGUCUUCGCCCCCCGGUUCAUGCUCGGUGGGGUGAUGCUGCUUGUUGUCGAUCUUGGGCUUGUCCUCGCUGUGGGUGUCGGCUCGGCAGCGACGUGUCAUAAAGUCAAGCGGAUGUUUGGGACGGAGACUUGACCGCGAACGCGAGAUGUGCCAGAGAGCACGCGC